CACACCCAUGUUGCCUUUUUAACUACACUUCUCUUUUCUCUAUCAUUUUUUGUCUUCUUUUAUGUCGGAAUUUGGUUUCCCUUGUUUUUUUUUUUAUCUCAUUUUGUGGGUUUUGUGAAGGUCCAGAGAAGAGAAAAUAAGUUUAGAUUUUUGGCUGGCUUUGGGUUUCGUUUUGCGUGUUUGGGAAAGAUGAUGCUGCAUUAUCUUGACCCCGCUAAGCUCCAAUCCAAGAAGAUUGUUUUUGAGGAUGUGUUUUCUGCUCGUGAUCCUGCCACGCUUGAACAUCUGAAAGAGUUGAGCUCCAGGCGUAGAGUGAUUGAGGAGUCCAUUAAUCACAGCAGCUCCAUUACUGAGGCUAUUGCAAGAGAAAUGUCUGGAGGCUUGACUUCACAUUUUCUAAGGGUAACCUCUUAAAAUUGGCUAAUUCACAUUUUAACUUUGUAUAAAACGUUUCCUUCUGCGCUUCAAUAUCUCCAUCGCUGCAACGCAUAUAUUGUUGCAGGCAGAAACUUGCUUUUGGUUGCCUCUCUGGUUAUUUUUUCUAUGAAAGAAACCACAUGAUUAGGUUUGGGCAGGUUAUUCUGAUUGUGUUUUUUUUUGGUGUGAUAUGCAUCUGGACCUCGAGAAACUGGAGCAAUACCUGCCAUUGUUGGAGAACUUGAUCUUUCAUGUUGAUUUGGUCUGCAGCAACCACCUAGUUGUUCAUUGGAUUUCAGAACUUAAGAUCCGUUGGAGUACUGCUCUUUGCUCAUCAUCUUUCUUUCACCUAAGGGGUCCAAAACUUUUUCAAAUUGAUAAUUUACGUUAUGAGCUUGGUAUGAUGCUUUACCUAUAUGCUGCAUUGCUUCGGGAGAGGGCUAUGGAAAUUCUUUCAGCGGAUUUGGUGCAAUCUGCCGCUCUUUUCAAAGAAGCAGCUGGUGUUUUUCAGCAUCUCGCUAAUGAGGGUUUAACCUCUUUAUCUGUAGAAAGGCCACCAGAGACGACUCCAUCCAUGUGCACUGUUAUGAGCCUAAUUUGCUUGACUGAGGCCCAGGUUUAGUGUUAAGGCUUUUACAUUUCAACAUGGUAGGAUAUCUAUCCCAGGUUCCUGGUGUCUUGGCCUGAAAUUUAUGCACAAAUCUUUUAAUAUGCAAGUGUUUUUGAAAGUGUUUAUUUUUAUCUGCUUCUUCCGUAAUUUCAUUGUCUCUGA